AUGUUCGAUCAACAGUUGGAUUGUAGCUUAGAUUUGAUGCGACGGCUUCCACCGCAGCAAGUGGAGAAGAAUUUGAAUGAUUUGAUCGAUUUAUGUCCUCGAUUAGUUGAUGAUUUAUUAAGUGCAGUAGAUCAGCCUUUAAAAGUAGCUCGUGAUAAGGAUACAGGCAAAGAAUAUUUGCUAUGUGAUUAUAAUCGAGAUGGCGAUAGUUAUCGGUCACCUUGGACCAAUGCUUAUGAUCCUCCGUUGGAAGAUGGUGCUCUUCCAUCUGAUAAGUUAAGAAAAUUAGAAAAUGAGGUCAAUGUGGUUUUCGAAGCAUAUAGAGAUGCAUAUUUCGAGGGUGGUGUAUCAUCUGCUUAUUUUUGGGAUUUGGAUCAUGGAUUUGCUGGAGUAGUUUUAAUUAAAAAAGUGAGUGAUGGUUCGCGUCUUAUACAAGGAUGUUGGGAUUCAAUCCAUGUUUUGGAGAUUCAGGAAAAAGGUGGUGGUCGACAUGCCCAUUAUAAACUGACUACUACUGUUAUGCUGUGGUUGCAGAUGAAUAAACAAGCAAGUGGAAUGAUGAAUCUUGGUGGAUCUGUUACUCGGCAGGUGGAAGCCGAUUAUCCAGUUAAUGAAGCAAGUAAUACUCAUCUCAUUAAUAUGGGAAAAAUGAUUGAAGAGAUGGAAAGCAAGAUAAGAUCAACUUUAAAUGAAAUAUAUUUUGGAAAGACGAAGCAGAUUGUUGGUGAGCUGCGCACGGUAAUGGAUGCUGAAGAACUUAAGCGUCAAAGGAAGAUAGCCAAUGAAAUUAAAGGUGGAAUAGCCAAAUAA